AUGGGUGUUAUACCAUUGGAAGAAACGAUUGCCAUGAGGCCUAGGGAUAUCAAAAAGUUUUACGAACCCAUGGUGCUCUUCAAAGCAUUGACUAUGAGGAUGCUGGCCACAGCAACACAUAGUGACCUUGAAGAGGAUUGGGAUCUUAACGACCCAAAGCAAUUGUUUGAAGCGUUUGUCAACAAGCUAUGCUAUGUCUGUGACAACAAAAAAGGUGAUGGGGGUGCUACGAUAACCUCUUUUGUCGUAUUACAACUUGAUGAUGUUGACACCAAACAAUAUGUCUUUGCUUGCAAUCAGCAGACCAAUAGCCAACUACAAGCCACGGAAGGCUUUGUAAAGCAGCUAUUGGAGCUCAUUGGCAAAAAUGCAAGACGUAAGGUUUUGCUUCAUCUUGUUCUUUGGAACAAUAGGAAGAGAAUCCGCCUGUUCUUCCGAGACCUUGUAAGACAGGCUUCAACAUGCUUGACAAGGUGUUUAAAUGAUGUUGAGUUGGAAAAACGGGGUUCGGUGCAAGAAUUAUUAAACGACAUGAUUGCAGUGCUGCCAGACGAUGGACAGAUAUUGGCAGACGAUAAAGCUGAUUACCUAUCUGGCUGCGAUAGAAUGAUGAAGGCGUUGGGCAAAUUUGAGCAGCAGUCACCGACCAUCGAAACUAUCACUCAAAUGUCUCGAGACAUUCGGGCAAGGGGUCACAACGCAUCAAACGACUGCUGGCCGGAGAUGCUACAUGCGGUGAAACGCAUUUUGGCAUACCAAUUUUCAAUAGAGUUCUUAAAAGAAGCUCACGCGGCGUUCCCAGAACUUUUUGAAGACUUCGAGAUUUCCUUCCUACCGUCAAGUACCCCUCUCACUAAGAGAGAAAUCUGCCGAGUCAAGAGUUACCAGGCAGAAGGGAUUGUCAACAGGAUGACAAGCAAUGCGGAGUACCAUGAAAAGUUCAAACAACUUGUGAACGACCUCCAGGUGUUUGAUCUGGAUCAAAGAAUACAGGAUGAGUACGAGAAGGCUAGCUUCCGGCCCUUUGUUCACUCAGAAGCCCACCUCCAUGGCUGGCUGGGAAACACGCCGGGGGGAUUCUCUGAGUCGCGGUUCUUCCGAGGCUGGAGGUACAUUGGGAGCAGCAAGCCGACCUGCAAACUCUGCCAUUACUACUUCCAAGAGCAUGGAUCGGGCGUCGGCCACCGAAUCUGCCACUCGAAUCUUUACCCGUGUUGGCGGCUCCCAGACGUUCCUGUUUCAGCCGGGACAGCAGGUGGACAAGAUCGUCGAGCGAUUUAUUACCGAAUCAUUGACAGAGUACGCAAUGACGCCUUCGACAUUAUAGGACAGAAGGCCUCGCCAAAAUAUAGAAAGCAUGAUUCGAAUACAUUCUCUGCAAGAAUGACGUUUGUGGACGAUGUUUCGACCAUCGUAUCGAAUGUGGACGAUGUUUCAUCCCUGUUUGGGGAUCUUGAUAUCAAUGAAUAG